AUGGUGUGCAGCGAAGUGGUCCCGGGGUACUACAACUCGACGAUGGAUGGGGCGGGGUACCACCUGGCUGUUGCUGCAAGUGCUCUUAGCUUAUGGCAAUCUGCACAGGAUUUGAAAAGGCUUUUGAUAUGUGGAAUCAAGAUUUGCUUUUUUUGUUGGAGGUUUCUUUCCAAAUCUCAAUUCUCUCUCCGAUUCCCGCCCAGCUUUCCGAGCGCCAUAACCGUCCUCCGCCGCAACCUUCAGAAUGGACUCACACAUCAGAGAUUGAAGUCUUUCACCAGUCAGCUUCACACAGAAUGUGGAAUUCUUGAGAGAAUCGUGUAUAAACACAAGAAUCAGCAUCAGAGAUCCUCAUAUUUUCAAUACAUUCUUAAGGUAAGAAGGGAUCUGCAACUUUUGAAAUCACUUAACCUGGACGAGGUAUUGGAAUCCUGUUUUCUGGUGAUAAAUGGAGACAGGCCAAAACAAAAGGUACAGCUUUUGGAAGGUUUGAAGAGGAGAAAAACUAACAGUGGAAAGUAUAAUUUCCUGGAAAGGCUUUUGGGAGUUACCUGUCUAUUGUCACAGAUUGUUGAGCCUUUGUUGAAGGCAGCUAUGGAGAUAUCCAUGCUUCUUGCUCGGUCAUUUUUCAUGAAGUUUUCACUGGUGGUUUUGGCUGUGCUUGCACGUGUUCGGAUGCUUCUUGAUGCUGUUCUUCUAUACAACACUAUUUCUUCUCUUUCUCUAAAGGAACAAAGUAUUAAACUAAAACAAGGAGGAUUUGAGGUCUUUAGAGAAUAUUUUCCAAGAAAGGAGGAAGCCAAAUUUUACUAGAGUGCAUUUGGCAGAAAGAUAAGUUUGUCUUAGUUGAGAAGAGAAGGAUGAGCGAGGAGAUAUCUCAUUGAGCACUCCGCAAAGUCUAUAUGAAAACAUUGAAGUUAUACUUGGAUCCUAGUCCUGUUCUUUCAGCCUAUGAGGAUAUCAUUGCAAUGAUUUAAUACAUUACUUAAAUUGAACUUGUAUGAUGGUUGGAAUGGGAUUUAGAAUCUCAUUUAUCCUUAAUGUUCUUUUUGAUGAUUCUGGGGUUGCAGCAUAACUGAUAAAACCAAUGUUGAAGAAAUUGAAAAAAGAUGAGAAGAAUGAUCCAGAUAAAGCUCCAUCUUCUACUGCAAAUAUAGUUUCCUUAGAAGAUGUAUUAUUCUCCAAUUCCUGAGGUGGAUCAAGUAGAAAUAAGUUAGGUGGAGAUGCUUCACGCUCUACAUAGAAACUAGGCACCCUGCUAUUUCAACUACAUCGACCAUUUCUUAAU